AUAAGGUUUAUGUGAUAUGGUUUAGUGGGGACUGUUAGCGUUAGGUCAGAGGUUGGACUCGAUGAUCUUGAGGUCUCUUCCAACCUAGAAAUUCUGUGAUUCUGUGAUUCUGUAAACUAAUUCCCCUGAAAUGAAAGAUAUAUUAUUCUAUACAUCUGGUACAGACCUGCUUGGUUUUCAAAAUUAAUGAAGAAAUUAGCUACAAACUUAAGAGUCUAUUGAUAUAAUCUUCCCAGUAGAAACAGGUAUGUGUAGAGGACAGAGUACUAACAUCGCAAGUUAUCUGAAGCAGAUUUUCCUUUUAAUAUUUUUGGAUUAGAAUCAAUGUUUGAGAUGUUUAUUGAAAACAUGUUUUUUCCUUUUCUCAGUGCUUUCCUAAGUAUGCUGUACUACCAGAAGUUUCUUCUCACAUGCUGCAUAGCAUAACUUUGUGAAACUAAGCCUCCAGCUUAGCUCUGGUAGUCUUUAGAUACUUCUGUUGAGACAUUCAACUCUAGAAUCACAAAAUGCAUCACAAAAUGUGUUUUGCUUAAGUCCUCAUUUUGUUUACCAGUUUUAUUGGUUAUUUGUAGUGUCUUUGCUGUCUGUACAGGAAAUUUCAGUAUGGAUCUUUGAGAAUUGAGGGUGCAGAUUUUAUUGACCUUGUGAACUUAUUCUGGACUAGUAAAACUUCUGCACUCUCACAUCUGCAAAACUCCUGUGAAAGAGAUGAAACUAGAACUAGUGCUCUCUGCCAGGUUCCUCUGGGUGUGUGAGCACAAGUCUGCCAGUUUGCAGCAGUGCUGAUGCAGGCCUUGGAUCAUAUUCAAAAUCUGAAAGACCAAAAUUAGUAGCAACUUUUGAAAACACAGACUGAUUUUACAUCUCCAGAUCCAGCUUCAUGUUUUAGAAAACAUUAAUCAGCUUGCCUGUUCCUGUUGUGAUGAAAUAACAUUCCCUGUUUUGACAGUCUCUAGCUUUGUGGAAUGGAAAGUCAAAAUAAACAAUGAAGACCACAUUGAACAUGCUAAUACACAACCUCAAAUGUUUCCUUAAUUCCUAGGCCUCAGCUAGACAGCUUAUCCAAACAUUUCCUCCUGUUGACUCCCCCUGUCUCCCACACCAUCCUAAGUUACUAGUUUUUAGAUAGGAACUUGUAAUACACAUUAUACAGAUUGAAAGUGGAAUUUCAUUAGCACAAACUCCACUAUCAUAAUUGUAAUCUACAGCAAAUGAAUACAAUUAAGCACACUAGGGUCUCCUCUGAGCUCCCCCCUCCUCUUGGCACACAAACUUAAGCUGACACCAGGCUCCUGUAUAAAACUAGCACGCUGUUCACUGCAAUAGCAGCAGGUCUACAGGGUUACACUCAGCAGGACCAUGUCACUGCUUCUCCUUCAGCUGCUAGUGCUCUCACAUCUUGGAGCCACAGAGCCACAGGUAGACUCACAGCAAAGGAAAAGCAGAAGGCCAUUUCAGCGGCUUUUCUACCUGGACAAAAAGCUGCUUGAGAGUCAAAGUUUUCGUGAGCUGGUGGGGGAAAACCCAGUAGCUGUUGAGGAAACCCAGGGACAACCAAGUUUUUUUGUAGCAAUUCCACAGACAGCAGGAGAGAGUCAGAAGCAAGGGGAGAAAAAAAUGUCCAGAUUCAUCCUUCCUAAUGCAGAACUCUAUGCAGACCAAGAUGUUAGAACCUGGACAGCACCCAGAGAGGUCUCUCCCAUGGAAAACGUCUCUCCAUCCCACUAUUCCAGCAAGAGGGAGGUUGAACAUACCUAUAGAAAAGAUGCCAAGAAAUUCUGGGACCACUUCAUGUUAAGAAAAAAUUCAGCUUCAGAAGAGGUUGUCUUGCCAAUCAAGACUAAUGAAAUGCACCAAGAAACCUGCAGAACCCUGCCUUUUUCUCAGGGUAUUGCUCAUGAGAGCUGUGAGAAGGUGAUGGUACAGAAUAAUCUGUGCUUUGGAAAGUGUAGUUCCUUUCAUGUUCCUGGUCCAGAAGAUCGUCUUUAUACCUUCUGUUCUCAGUGCAUGCCCACCAAGUUUUCUAUGAAGCGCUUGGAUCUCAACUGCACCAAUUCUGUCCCGGUGGUCAAAGAAGUCAUGAUUGUGGAAGAGUGUAAAUGCGAGAUUCAAAAGAUUAAAGAUCCUCUGCUUGAAUCUCGACAGUCAGAUUUGCAUGAAAAUGCACAUGAGCACAACUAACCUGUUUAAGGUACCUCUCAAGUCCCUGAUCAUAAGAAUUUGCCAAUGGGAAAAAAAAAAAAAAUCAAAGAACUUCAAAGGCUUUCAUCACACUGUUACACCAAAAUAUUAAAGAUGUAAAUUUCUACAUAAACUGCCUCUUUGCUUCAACAAUAACUUUACCUAAAAUUUAACAGAUGUUUCCUUGCAGUUGUUGAAGAAAUGGAGAUGGAAUUAUAGGGUUUGUGCAUAAUUUUUUUACUUUAACAAGGGAAACCGUCUAAAGUUUUCCAACCUUCCUGUAACUAGCAUCCUAGGAUGCUAGCAAACAACAGCUGAAGAACUAGCAUGAUGAUUUAUAUCUACAAAAACCUAAUGUAAUGGCUGUUCUGCAUUGCCUUUGCUUGCAGAGACUGCCAGUAUUGUUCUACUGACAACACAUAGGAGGCUUUAGUCUCUUCAUUGCAAAAACAGGUCCAUUUUUAUAUUAAGAUAGUGACUGGAGAGUGUAAAAUAUAAAUGGAUAUAAGGCAUAAAGAGAGCUGUGAUGAGUUAGGGUCAUUCUGAUUGCUCCCAGCUGGAGUUCAGUUUCCAGCAAAAACUAACACACCUCACAACUUACAUGCUUAGUAGUUGCAAAUGGUUUGCAAGUGGUUUGCCAUAGAAACCGCUUGCUCUCUUUUUACACACCUGCAGUUCCUCUGCAUGUAUUUUUCUUGAAACUUUCAUACAGUAGAAGGAGGAAAAAAAAAAAGAAAAAUACAGACUUCCACAGAAAGCACCAGAAAUCAAUGUAUUUCCACUGUUGUUAUUAUUUAAGUUCACUGUGGAAAGGCAAUGAACAUUUUCCUGUUAGAUGAAUUUCAGUGUUGGUGGUGACAGCCAGAUAAAGUUUAAGUAGCAUUCUCAACAGCUAAGCUAAAGCAGAAAACACAUUUGUGUGAUCAAAAAUCUGCAAAAGGAUCUUAUCAGCAUGCCGAUACCUGUCUAGGUUUAUAGGAACACCAGAGAAGGCCUUCUGUUAGAAAAGGUCUGAUUCCAGUCCUAGCCAGUACAGACAGCAUGAAUUGCUGUCUUUGCUGCUUUCUCCAGUUGCUUCUCCCUGGACUUGUCUGGCAUCCCAGAUUCCAAAAACUGGACCAUACUACUUCUAACCAGCUCCUGUAAUCCUCUGGGAAUCUGCUCUAGUGCUACUGCCAUACUGUCAGACUGGGCCCCUCUUAUUAAACUAUCCACAGCUCUUUCUUUGGGUAUUGGAAAUCAGUAUUUGUAUAACUGGUAAAUUCAAGGGUAUGGUAAAUGAUUCCCUUGUGUAUGAAUAGUGCUGUGCCCAGAAGUAUCUUAAUAUUUUGUCCAAGUUCAUUGUGGAUUUAGAGUGAUAUGCCCAUUUUUAAUUUUACUGAAAAUUGCAUCUGAAUGAUAUUCUGGUACUGAGUCUGAAUGGCUGUAGUAGCAGUUUGCAUGUUACAUGCAGUGACAGAACUGAAGACUACUAUAUAGUUAUAUUUCACUGUAUAUAAACCUGAUUCUAAAUAAUAAAAAUUGCCCAUUAAAACUAAGCAAAGCCUUCUGUCUGUCCUUUUGCACUAAAGACUAAUAUGUAAACUGUAUAUAGCUGUUUGUAGGUUACAGUGUGAUAUAUAAUGUUAUUUCAAAUAACAAUCUGUUAUGUUUUUACCAUCCUUGUAUUGAAUGCAUUACACACAAUAAAUACUUAUUUUUAACUUA